UCGAUCAGCUGUUCGCAAAAUCGGUUGUACAACAACAAAAGCUUCAGUUAGGAGGAAAGAAGAAGCCGACGGAAGAGAGCAGCAGAAUAAUUUAGCUCUCGUAAACAGCGUAAUCACACAGAAGUUUAUAUUUACGCGAAGAGAUCAUAUCUUUCUACCUCAUUAACACUAAGGACAUUACUUGAACUGGAUAUAAAGGGGCAAACUAAAUAAAAAGUCUUGUUAUAAAAUUAAUAAAAAUUUUUGGCGUGUUACCUAUUUUAUUGAAGAACUCAUUUAUGCACUUUAUCACUGCUUGUGCCACUUGGCUAAACCUGAGCCAUCACUGUGACGUUUAAAUCACAUCUAAGGGACUGUGCCUUGCUCUAGAAAUGUUCCAAAAGCUGAACAGUAUGUUUUCUGGAAAUGCCAGCAGUGUCUUGAGCCAAGAGCCUGAGUUCAGUGAAAAAGAAGAUGACGAUGAAUGGGUUCUCAUUGACUUUGUUGUGGAUCCUUGCACUAGAUUAUCUGAAGAAGCCGCUAUGUUUGAAGAGAUACCUUCUGUUGAUGAAACUCCGGUUCUGUCCUGCACAACUGCUUUUGAACGGUUGGGAAACCUCAGUGACUCCUGUUUUGUUCACUACAGCCCAUACCAAAUGGAGGAGAGCUGGUUCGUGACACCACCACCUUGUUUUACUGCAGGAGACUUGACUACUCUACAGGUGGAAACAAGCCCUUUAGAAAACCUCCUGAUAGAGCAUCCCAGCAUGUCUGUAUAUGCUGUUCAUAAUCUCUGCCACAAAGAGGAGGCUGAUUGUGAGUCUGAAUUUCAGAGUUCUAAUAGUUUAGGGUUGGAUGCUCCAAAAGAAAAGACUGUUCAACACGCACAUUGCUAUAUUGCUGCUUUAGCAGCUCACAUUAACUUUAUAGAACAGACCAAGACAUAUCUCUCCUCAAAGUUGUCAAAGCGUCAAUUUGAACGAAACCAGCUUAACCGAAAGAGCCUUCGACGCCAAAACCUUGUUCGAGGAUGCCAUCCCCGCCAGAUCAAGCACAGUGGAUUAGUUGUUCACCAGCCUUGCCAGCGCCAGUACAAUUAUUGAGGAAAUAUUUUAACCAAAUUUCCGCCCAUUAUUUUCAAGACCUUGGAACUUGCUGACUGGGGCAUCAUGUAUCCUGGCUUUGUAGAAGCUCAUAUGAGAUAAAUGCAGAUCUCUUAACAGUAAAUUUACGUUUCAGUCAAUGUUUUCUUCUGUAUUUUACUAGUACAAUGGUAAAAUUACAAGAAUGUGUAAGCUGUGUACAUGGGUAAACCAGCUAUCUGUUUUCUACUUAAAAAUAUGUAGGAUGAUAUCCGUAACCCUUUUUCAUAAGGACCUAAUAUUUACUAUGGACAAAAUGGUCAUACAUACAAAACGCAUAACACAAGGUCAAAAGAACAAAGUAAACAUUCAUCCCAGUUCUAUUAUGUUGUCUAUUUGGGAUUCUUUUGGCUAUUAAGUCAAUCUGCUUGGCAGGUUUGGUAAUUAUUUUAUAUAUAUAUUGCAUGUAUGACUAUUUUAUACUGUAGUUAUAAUUUUAUAAUCUUCUUCUUGUGCUUAUUGAUUCAUGAAUCUCAUUUAUUUUGAAGACCACCUUAAGUUAAUAUAUAUUCAUGUAACAUUGCUAGAGAAUGUAAAUGCACUUAAUGACUUGAGUCUUUAAGUAACAUCCUGGAGAGUUAAUUUUUACUUUAGUUAUGUAUAGGGGCAUUUUACCUCUAUUCGCUACCUUACAUCUAUCUCCUUUAUGUGCCACGUACCAUUCCUGCAAUGCAUGUUGACAAGUAUAGGCCCUUGUUAAUGGUUAGUUUUGAGUGAGCAUGUCUAAUUGCUCAUGUUCAGUUUGGUAAAGUAUAAUUCAUUUGAUGAAAAGGUAUUCUGUGUUAGCAUCAAGAAACAUAAACUCAUUACAUGCAAGAAA